AUAUAAUGGGGAAUGCGAAUGGUUAUAUAUGCACAACGCUUGGGAAGUGUAUAAACUAGAAUCUUUUGCCCUAAUUUUGUAUCUCUGUUUCUUCGAACAUGGCCAAGAACAAACAAUCCGCAGCAGAAGCGCGAGGCGGGUCGUCAGCUCAAGAUGAAGGUGAAGAAGAAUCAGAAUCAGCAUCAGCAUCUGAAUCAGAAUGUGAAGAAAAAGAAGUAGAAAACGAAGAGCAAGAGCAAGAUGUAGAUCAAGAUGAAGGUGAAGAAGGAUCAGCAUCUGAAUCUGAAUCAGAAUCUGAAGAAAAAGAAGAUGAGAAUACGAUUCCUGCUCCUCUACCCAAAAAACCCUCAUCGGCUUCAGCCGCACAACAUCCCCAAUCUUCUUCUUCUUCUUCUUCUUCUGGGGAAUCCGAUUCUUCCCCCGUCGAUCAUUGCGGAGUGGAUCCGAAUAUGAAGAUGAUGCAAUCCAAUGCUGCUGCUUCUGCUUCUGCUAAGAAUAAGAAGCCCAUAUCUAAGAAGCCCAUAUGUAACCCCACUCCCAAACGCCCUGUUGUUGACAGCGAGAGCGAGAAUCGAAAAUGGAAGAGGGCCAAGGCAGUGAAUGUGAAUGCAGAUGUUGUAGAGGACAGGUUGAACAAGACUAGUGCUUCGAAGGUGUUUUUUCAGAGGCUGUGGAGUCCUGAAGAUGAGAUUCUGAUUCUGGAGGGUAUUAUUCACCACACUGCUGACACAGGUUUGGACCCCUCUGCCAACAUAAAUGAUUUUUACCUUUCCAUCAAGAAUUCUAUUCAUGUUCAUGUUACGAAAACACAGUUGUCUGAUAAAGUUCGCAAGCUGAAGAAAAAGUACAUGACCAAUGCCAACAAAGCUCAAUUGCCCUCGAAACCCCAUGACCAACAAGUCUAUAAGUUGUCCCAAAAGAUUUGGGGUUUUAACAAGGAUGGGAAACAAACUCUAAAAGAGGACGCCUCUAACAAGAUGGCAGAAAUUGCAAGAGAAUUGAAGAAGGUCCAAAUCUGCCAACUUGAACUCUUGAGGAAGACAGAAUUGCUCUGCCAGCAAACAAAGCGAGUUCUGGAAUCACUUCAGUAAGCUAACUUAUGGUUUUUGGAUUGAUCUUGACUGAUACAGAAGAAGGAGAAGAAGAAGAAGUAGAAGAAGAACAUGACAACUUUUUUUUGUUUGGGUGGGAAGGGGUUUUAUUAGUACUUAACUGGUUCUGGAUGUACAGUAUUUUUGUGUAAUUAAAGACAUUAGGGUGGUCUUACUAGGUAUAUUAUGACUUUUGGCUGGUUAAUGAUUGAUGCACAAAUCGAGGAUGUUUUGGUUAGGGUUUGGUAAAUCAACUAAUUAUGAAUAUUUGGUA